UUAAUACAAUCGACUACCCUCCAACAUUGCCAAAGCAAGUCACACUUGAUCGUGCCGCUACCUGCCUGUCAUGGCAUACUUUCGUUCCGCCUACACCUUCAGCAUCACAGGCACUACUCGUACUUUCCAUCACCGUUGGUUUAUGGGUGGUCGCAUUUACGAAUGCGAUGCCUGCAGUAAUUCAUGUGAUAUGCGCGCUGCCUACUCACAACACUGGCAGCCAGUAGCUGCUUGCGCGCACGGCACGAGUAACAGCAAUCGCCCGCUCUGCAGCGCGGAGCAACGCGAGCAGUUGGAAACAAUUGCCAUGCGGCAUGUGGAUACAUUUAUACUUUGCAAUGAGCAGGGUAAUGCAGCACAUCCCAAGGAGUUUCUGAUCGACGCCGGCGUUAAUGCUGUACCACAGCUGCUGCGUUUGCUCUUUCAUGGUGCCGCGCGCCUACGCCUACGCAUGAGUUUCUAUACGCGUCCCUACAGCGGUGCCGAUCUGUUAUUCAACAGCAGCGAACUGGUUAUACAGCAUCAUCUGGACAUUGCCGAGUGCGUGGACAUGCUAUUUCUUAUGCUACUGGAGAAAAUAGAGGCGUAUAUGUAUGCGCGCUUCCCGGCGCAUGCUGAAGAGUAUUGUGUGAAGCGCAUACGAUUGCAUGUACAACGCGAGACGUAUACGAAAGGUGAAAAAACGUCAAUGGUGAACGCUACUCUUCCGCUGCAGUAUGGCGUAAAGUAUGCAGCUUCACUGCCUGCACAAGUAAUCAGCGAUAAAACAAUAGCGGCUGCAACUCUGUACUGCUUUCGGACUUGCGCGCGCACUCACGAGAUUUAUGCGGUGCCAUAUCAGCUGGGCAAGUGUCGGAGCGGCGCUGAGGACGAUAGACAGCCUUGGGAUACUGUUGGCCGUGACGCUCAGUUUAUUAUGCUGCAGAAUAUAGAUGGCCAACUACAGCAGCUCUUUGAGAUCACGAACUUGCAACGCUUCCUACGCACCGAUACGGGUGUAUGCGUACACACGUGCACACAGUGCCAUCAGAAUUUUACGCAUCGCACCAAGUUGCUAAUACACAAAUCACUAGAUUGCGGGCGUGGUUUCGAGGUGCUAAGAUUGGCCAGCAAUUAUUCGGAAAUUUACAAGAAUUGCCUACCAAUGCGCUGCGACAAUUACAAGUGGCCCCUCUUUGGCAUCAUAGAGGAGUGAUGUAAUCGUGGCGAGAAAAUUCUUGCUUAAAAUUCGAAGUUUUGAUAAUUGAGAAAAAAAAUGCAUGACACAUAAAAGUGAGAAAAACUUUUUUUUCCUUUUUGACUCCGCUCGGGAGUCAGUAUAGCAGAAGUUUUUAUGAGCAAAACUGUAGAUAUGUUGCGUAAAAUGGAUAUAAUUUUAUAUUAAGUUUCCUAGUUUUUAAAGCUUAUCGAA